AUGGACAAGGCUGAAUUAGGUUCUUACCAUCUCAAUUCGGUGGCGCAAAGGAUGCAAAUUACAGCGGAUAUCGCCGAUAUACUGGAACGUCAAGACUUUAUCAUCAAACUUGGGAAAUCAUUGGUACGUACUGGAGCUCCUACACAUCGCAUAGAAGCAGCCAUGGAAACAACAAGUAAACGAUUGGAAAUUGAUGGAAGUUACUUUGUAUUACCGGGAUUAAUUAUGGUUAGUUUUGGUGAUGUGGAAACUCAUACAUCAGAAACACAUUUGAUCAAAUGUUCCAAAUCCUUGGAUAUCUCAAAAUUAGCCAAAGUAAAUGAUAUUGCUCACAAGGUGGCUAAAGGGAAAAUCGAUGUAUCUGAAGCAUCUACUGAAUUGGAUGAUAUUAAGAAUUCACCUCCUACUUGGAAUGUAUGGUGGACUUUGGUUGGUUAUACUAUUUCAUCUGCCUUCAUUGCUCCACUCUUCUUUGGUGGUUCCUGGACUGAUUGUUGGGUUAGUGCAUUAUUUGGUUUAGGAGUUGGUUUGGCUACUUUUGUUUCUGAAAGAAUACCAAUGUUCGGUAACGUGUUUGAAAUGGUAGUGACGAUUGUAGUGUCAUUGAUUACAUUAGCCAUCAAUAAUCAUGUUUGUUAUUCUGCUGUGGCUUUAUCAGCAGUGGUGGUUGCGUUACCAGGAUACGCACUCACUUCUGCCGUACUAGAACUUGCAGCGAAGAAUCUAUGUAGUGGUGCAGUGCAUUUGAUUUAUGGUAUCAUGUAUGUCAUGUUUCUAGCGUUUGGUAUGGGAUAUGGUAGUACGAUCUGGUCCUUAACUCAUCCUGGUGUUGCUGUUAUCUCAAUGCAGGCAUGUUCCAAACCUGUGGAUCCCUAUUGGUAUUUCCUCAUGUUACCCUUGACUUGUUUUGGUAUCUGUAUCUGUUUCGGUGCCAACAUGCGACAAUACCCUAUCUUUACAUUCAAUGCUGGUGUAGGCUUUGUAGUUUAUUACUUUAUGAACAAACUAGUUGGUGCCAACUCCAUCAUCACUCCAAGUGUCGGUGCCUUUGCUCUAGGUUUAACUGGUAAUAUUUAUGGAAAGGUGACAAAACAACUGGCCUUUGUUCCUCUUAUGGGUGGCAUCAUCAUAUUGGUACCUGGCAGUUUAGGUGUCCGUGGUGCCGUCUCAUUAUUCGAAGAUGGUUCUAAUAACAGUGCAAGUGGCAUGUUUGCAUCUCAAAUCAUAGGUAUUGCACUUUCUAUUACCCUUGGAUUAUUCUUGGCCAAUAUGUGUGUGUAUCCAUUAGGUAGAAAACGAUCUGUAUUUUUAGGAUUUUAG